AUGAUGACAUAUUUUAUUUUAUAUCGAACAGUUCCUCGAUAAAAUAAUUAAAAAUUAACCUCUCAGAAGAGAAUUUACAAGAAGAGGAUUGUGAAGUAAUUAUCAAACACUUAUCAUCUUCUAAAUCUCUAAAGAAAUUUAAAAUAUCUUUUUAAUCUUUAAAUAACAAAAUCGCAAAGAGCUUUUCUUAACAAAUUAAAAGAUUAAGUAAUAUUAAACAACUUGAUUUAGAGAUUUAUAGCACAUUUGAUUAUUCUAAAAUUUUAAUAAAUGGAUUAGUGUAAAAUAAAUCAAUAGAAAAGCUGUCUCUCUUAUAUUUUGAUUUUCCUGAAGAAGAAAAUCAAAAGCCUAUUGUUUUUAAUAAUAAAAAAAAUAAUUUUUAUAAAUCUGCCUAAAAGCUUUUCGAGAUGA